CCAUUUUAUAUCGCUGUCAACACCUCUUUCUAAUUUCUAUUGGCGGUUCCCUUCCUCCCUGGCAUCCACCUUCCCAAAGCCGGCCACACUUGGCCAACCUCCCACUGCCGGCGGCUACCUUCACCCACCUCUACGGCUCUCUCUCUCUCUCUCUCUACCCCAUCUCUCUCUUUGUCCUCUCUCUCUCUAGGAGACAGCUGUGGUUGGGAAAAGUGGGAUGAAUAAAAACUCUAAAUCUGAUUUUUUCGCAUUGGUAGUGAUUUUUUCGUAGUGGUAGUGUUUUUCCACAUUGGUAUUUGUUUUUUCCGCUUUGGUAGUGAUUUUUUCGUAGUGGUAGUGUUUUUCACAUUGGUAUUGAUUAUCAUGUAAGCGUAUUGCUUUUUUGCGAAAUGGUUGUGUUCUUUUUCUGUAGUGGUAGUGUUUUUCGUAUUGGUAUUGUUUCUCUUUUUUUGUUUUUGUGAAAUGGUAGUGUUUUUCUUUCUCGAAUGGUAUUGGUGUUUUAUGCAUUGGUAGUGUUUUCUUAAUGGAUUGGUAUUGUUUUAUUGUUGCAGUUGUAUUAGUUUGGCUGAACGAAAACAAGGAAAAUAUUGAGAAAAAGAAGGAUGAGAGAUCUGGCUCGAAAUUGUGGAAGUAAGAGAAAGAGAGAGAGAAAAUUGUAAGUAAUAUACUUUUUUUAAUUUCCUAAAAUGUAAUUUGUUAAAAAAGGUAAUUAAUAAUUUUUUUGCCAUAUCCAAUUUACCCUUCAGGGUGAUUACUAUUUUACAUUAAUCACUGUCUGUAACCUGUCGCCAUGUCGUAAGACGCUACCUUGACCACUCCGUUCUCAUGGAGUUUGAUUUUAUUUCUUAGUUACGGAAUCACUUACCAAUGUAAUUUAUGCCAGGGAGUAGGGGUGGCAGUCGGUCGGUUUCGAUUUAACCGAAAAUCGAAAACUCGGUUAUCGGUUAAACCGAGCCACCCCCAGUAGUUGCCGACCACCGACCGUGAGGAAAGUCACGGUUAGCCGGCCAACCGUCGAUUUUGGUUUUAGGCUCGGUUAGCCGGCCAACCGAAAAAACCUAUUUUCUCUUAAAAAUAAACCCUAAAAAUUAAUGAUUUUUUUUUCUACCUCUCAAUCCUUAUCUCCUCCUCUCUCCUUCAUUCCUCAACCAACCCACCAGACCACUUCUCUUCUCUCUACUUCCUUCCUCCACCAUUUCACAAUUCACACCCACCAAACCACGUCUCCUUCUUUCUCCUUUCUCCAUGGAUGAACAAAUCUGCAGGGGGCGGGGGGCCGCCGGGAAACCUAGCGCCGGCGGGGGAGGAGGACAAGGCGGGACAGGGAGAACCGGAGAAGGCAGAGGAGUGGAUCUGCCGCCAUCUGAUUUGGAUCUGCCGCCGCUGCUCCCUAUCGCUGCUGUCGGCUAGCUCGCGGCCGACGGAGAGAGGCGGGGUCGUCGGAGAAGGGAGAAUCGGCCGACAAUCGAAGGUUAAUCGGCGGCAGUCGCCUUCGAUUGCUGCCUGCAGCCUUGCUGGGAUCCUCCACCACAGGCUGUGGCGCCAGUUUUCUGGGCUUCGGCGGAGGAGGAGGUGGCGUCGGCGGCGGGGGAUAAGGAGAAGGAGAAGGGGAAGGGGAAUUUGUCUGGCCCUGGUGUUUAGUACUAGGCCGAGAGCGAGGUUGAUUUGACGGCGACGGAGGGGGAGGAGGAGGAGGAGGCCGCAGAUUCCUGCCUCUGCCCGAGGCAGGGGGCAGCGGCGGGUUUCUGCCUUUUGAUUUCUUCUCAAUCUCCGCUUUCAGCCUCCAAAUUUCCUCCUCUUUCUCGUCCAGAGUCUCUUGUAAGCCUGUAUGGCGAAGGGGGUGCGUCGUCGUUUAAGAGGAAAGGGGAAGGGGUCGGUUACCCGACCGACCGUGGCAAGAUGGGGGCGGUUUUUGGUUAGCAGAAAACCGGUCGGUUCAGUCGUAACCGACCGGUUAACUGCUAACUGGAAACCGUUCUGCCACUCCUAUAAGGGAGUGUGUUGUUCAGACUUUUUGCUAAAUAAAGAAGAAUAUAACAAAUAUUAUAUAUGUAUUUCAGACUCUUCAAAGUCUCUUGUAUUUUAUAUAUAUAUUCGUAGGUUUGGAUUAAUUCAAGAUAACUAUAAUUAAUAUACUUGAAAAGAUGAC